ACGUAUUGGGGUGACGUCAACUCCCGGAAGUAGCGGAACGCACAUGUGUUUACUAACUGUAUAACGCCGGACUGUAGUGCCUGUCGUUUCAUGUUUCGUGUGAAAGUGAUUUAAAGUCCAGUUUGUAAUGCAGUAAAUGGUAUAACGGUCUUGUCAUAAAAAUACACUAUAGGAGACAAAAGCAAUGGCUUCACAGGCCCGUGAGGAAGAAAGCGAUGAUGGCAUGGACGAGUUUAUGGAGAAAUUUAAGACGCACAAAUACCAGAAUGCGUUCAGUGAAAGCAACUGGGAGGAGGAGUUUGAUAAAGUGCCCAUGUUCAUGAAGUCUGCUCCAGAGGAUAUAGACCCCGUUAAACAUCCUGAACUUGCCUGUCUCCAGUCCAUUAUUCAUGAUGAUGACCGACCACCUGAGGAGCAAGCAAAGAGUCUAAAGGAUGAGGGCAAUGAGUACUUUAAGGAAAAGAACUAUCAGAAAGCUAUAGUGUCCUACACAGCGGGCCUGAAAAAAAACUCUGCGGACUCAGACCUAAAUGCUAUCCUUUAUACCAAUCGUGCUGCAGCCCACUUCCAUCUAGGAAAUAUGCGAUCGGCUUUGAAUGAUGCAACCGCUGCACGGAAACUGAAACCAGGCCAUAUUAAAGCCAUCAUCAGAGGAGCCCAGUGCUGUAUGGAGCUGCGAAAUUAUGCAGAUGCUUUGCAGUGGUGUGAUGAAGGCCUCAGGGUUCAGCCUACCGAUAAGAAACUGCAGGAGCUCAGAGCCACUGCAGACAAACAGAAGAGGGCAGCAGAACGAGAUGCCAGAAAGGCUAAGGCUAAAGAGAAAAAGCAGCAGAGCGAGAGAGGUGCACUGUUGGCUGCUAUUAAGGAGCGUGGCAUUAGGCUUCUAAAGGCUGAGAAGGUUCAGCACAGGGGCUCUGACAGUGAGGAGGAUGAUGAAGGAUCCACAGCAGCUAUGGCAGAGUUGAGUCUGGAUGGACUGAGUUCUCAGGAAGCCACAGGAGCGCAGGUGUACCUGGAUGAGCAGGGCGCCCUCCACUGGCCUGUGCUGUUCCUUUACCCUGAGCACAGACAGACCGACUUCAUCUCAGCCUUCUGCGAAAACUCCAGCUUUAUAGAUCACUUAGCCGUCAUGUUUGGAGAGGAACUUCCUCCAUGGGACACAGAUAGAAAAUAUCAGCCGCAAAAUCUUCAGCUGUUUUUUGAAGACCACGAGAAGGGGCACCUUUAUGAAGUGGAUCUGGAGACAACUCUUCUACAUGUCCUACAGCAUCCAGGGUGCUCUGUGAAGGCUGGAACACCAAGCUUCAUCAUAUUGGUAAAAGGGUCACCAUUUUGUAAACAGUUUUUAUCAGGAAAGAAGGUCCACAGACUGAAAUGAAAGAUGGUUAAAGGACACUGAGUGUAUUGGCCAUUGAUGAAGCAUCUGUUAUAUUUUGGUUUUGCUUCAUGUCCGGAAUAAGUGACUGCUGAUGGGUGAGAUGACCUUUGCAAAAGGUCAAAUUCCUGUUAAUAAUCAGUAUUCCCCAAUUCACCCAAAGCGCAUUUUAAUGUACCAACAAGACACCUACACAGAAGCCUACAGGUAAAAAAAACAAAACAAAAAAACACGACUUUAUAAAAGACAAUGAAUAAAUAGAGCAAGAUGUAAUGAAAACACUGUCUUCUUGGAUCAAGUAAAGAACUACAUCCUAAAAAUAAUUCUACCCCCUUUGGAAAACGGUUUAUAUAAAUAAAUGCCUUUCCAAAAACAUUAAGAUUUUGCUCCAGAUUUUUUUGUAUGCUCAGAAGCAUGUAUCCUGUGACCCCUUGCUUUUAAUUAUUUAUAGUUACGUUUAUCCUUGUGGAAUGUCCACAAGACAAGUUAGUUCUUGUUAUUGCGUACAUUAAAAAAGCAAUAAACAGUCGUUAAAUCACCAGCCUCUCCUUUUCUCUCACUUGAAGUUAAUAAGAGAAAAAAAUGCAGCAUGUCAUGUUACCAAGAAACCAUCUGUCCUGAAGAAUCUCCUGUGGCAUUACAGAGUGCUGAGCACUUCACCAUAUCAACAGUUCUGUUGUUUUUUUGGUUUUUUUUGGUUAAAUAAAAACAUUCUUUUUGUUA